UUCAACUUUUGAGAAAAGGAUUCGAUUGAUUCUGGUCUGUUUUCGUCCGUGAAUUUAGGGAUAAGGAAGAGAAUACUUCAAUGCAGCUCGCAGGAGUUGCCUUGCCUGCGGUACCGUAUUUUUUUACGGGCUGUACACCGUGGUAUGCAUACCGGUACGUGCCGGGAGAGAAGACUUUUGGGACUGGACUUGGACUUGGGCGCACAACACUAUUCGAUUGAUCGAUUGCCUCAAUCGAUGGAAGGACCACAUUGAGAACUUCAAUCCACACGGACGCGGAGAGCUCCUGGUUUGGAGCAUGUUGCUAUUCUUGCUUCGUCGGACCUGAUGGUACAACCACGAAGCUAGGCCAGCAGACCGCCUGAACACUGUACCUAAACCCAGGCAUCAGAAAGAAUAGAGAAGAGAAGCUGAUGAGGGGCUUCCAACAAGACGUCGUCGUCAAGGCUGCUGUUCCCGCGCACCAACAACACAAGGUGUGGUCCACAUGGAAUGAGUCUCGUACGGAAGAGUUCCCACAGAUAUUAGAAUAUCGUGGACACUGGGAACGGUUUGGGUUUGAGGUGGCUAUCACUCCCAACAGUGAUAUUCGACAAGAUGUGGAAGCAUUAGUCCGAGAGACGCAAGCUCCACAGUUUCUCCAAGCCUUUGACAGUCUUGCCACUACCAAUAUGCAAUAUGAUUUCUGGAGAUAUGCCAAGCUCUACUUGAAUGGUGGUAUAUACGCUGAUGUGGAUGUGGAUCCACUGACAGAUAUUGCUUAUUGGCAAGCCCUAGCGGAAGAACAGAACAAAGUGGUCAUCUUUGAAGAGACCGCCAGUUUUGCCGCCAAUAGCACCCUGAUGGAACUUUUGCGACCAUAUGUCACCAAUUUCCAGGAAUUCCCCAGUUACGCCAGCUGUGUGCUGAUUGCACCGGCACCCAAGGCACCCUUCUUUUUGGACUUGAUCCAUACAAUUCACCCGGAUCAAUGGGUCAACGUCCCCGAACCAACACGGACACUCAUGACGGCCGGACCGGGUCUUUUGACACGGUUUGCCAAAACGAGGCGGGAUGUCAUCAUGGCAUCCAAAGCACAAGGCAAACUGUCUUAUGUACACAAUGGAUUCGGAACGUGGAAAUCCAAAAGCACAGUCGCCUUUGAUAGGUACCUUAACUUGACAAUGCAACUCUCCUGGGGCGUAUUUGUGUUUGGCGUGGUACAGGUCCUGCGCAAAUGGAACCGACAAAGACGUCGAAGAGACAAGAUGGAACCAUUUCGGAAAGGAGGAUCAAGCAGUACCGGUAGGAAGAAAAGCACAACAUCAAUCUGCCCCGGUUCAAAAAGCAAUGCAACAUCCGCAGGGCUCAAAUUGCGUCAUUCGGGUAUAGCCGUGUGACGCAGCGGAAGACGAAUAUUGCCAGAAAUGCUUUGGCAGAACCUUUUGUAUUCAUCAUGUAUGUUGCAAUGGAUCAAUAGUUUGGCGGUCUGCUUGGUUCCUACAGUGCACCCUUCAUUUUUCCAAAUUGAGCUUUUGAUGUUAUCCGUGUAUUCUGUUUUGGUUGUUUAGAGAGUGACACGUCUUAGACGAUGUUGAAUAGAGUUGUGGAAGCAGUCGGUUGUCGCUGGCCCCCCUUGAGAAUGUGUUAUGCGGCAGUGCAUUUAGGAAACAGUACCUGCAUUGUUACGGUAGCAUGAUCACUUACUUUGUCGUUGGUGGUGCAUGCCCAAACGCAAAUGUCAUUACUGGGACCCAUCGUCAUUUCCAAAGCCAGCGUCUAGCGUGCUAGCUAGAUGGUUUGUUUGUGCUUAUUCCUGCCUUCGUCCAUGAUGCAACGUUGACACCUUCGUUGGUUGUGCCAGGCCAUGCGGCAACUUUGCAGGCUGCCUUCCGCACCGAGGCGCCAACACAUGCAUUCAUUCAGACAUUUUGCCAACAGCAACGAAAACACAGCAAGAGUCCCAUAAUUUGUUAUUAUUAUUG